ACGUGUUGGGAAAAAAUAGAUUUGACUACCUACUAAUGAAUUGCAGCUGGUCCUGCUCGAACAAAACCAAAGUGUUUAUCAGAUAAAAAGGUUAACAUAAGGCUCAAUUUCAAGCAAUCCUCAACCUGAUGUUGGCGUUUCACUCUCCCCAAACGACUCGACAACCUCCACUCCAUAACCGAUUUCCUCGUCCUCUCUCAAAACCCCCAAUUUGCUCUGUAACCUUAACCCCCUCAGUCACCACCACAGCUAACAUCAGCAGUCACAACAACAAUGUUCUAAUCCAAUCUAUAUGCAAACAGGGCAGCCUUAAAGAAGCCGUACAAGCUCUGUCCACGGAACCUCAUCCUACCCAGCGCACCUACGAGCUCCUUAUUCUCUGUUGCGUCCACCAAAACUCUCUCGCCGAUGCGCAUCGUGUCCACUCCCAUAUUUCCAGUAAUAGGUAUGGCCAAGAUCCUUUCCUGGUCACCAAACUCAUCACUAUGUAUUCGGAACUGGACGCCAUUGAUGAUGCGCGCAAGGUGUUCGAUAAGUCGCGCAAAAGAACCAUAUACGUUUGGAAUGCGCUCUUUAGAGCGCUUACCUUAGCAGGUAAUGGAACCGAGGUGAUGAAUCUUUAUCGUCUAAUGAAUCGGACUGGAAUCUCGUCUGAUAGAUUCACCUAUACAUAUGUGCUUAAGGCUUGUAUUGCUUCUGGGUAUCUGAUUUCACUUCUGAAUAAGGGAAAAGAAAUCCACGCAAAUAUUUUGCGAUGUGGGUAUGAAAAAAAUGUCCAUGUUAUGACUACUUUGUUGGAUAUGUAUGCAAGAUUUGGCUGUGUUUCUUAUGCAAAUUCUGUAUUUGGUCUGAUGCCAGUGAGAAAUGUGAUUUCUUGGAGUGCAAUGAUCGCUUGUUUUGCAAAGAAUGGGAAGCCAUUUAGGGCACUGGAGCUUUUUCAGAAAAUGAUGCUUGAGACUCAUGAUUUAAAGCCAAAUUCAGUGACAAUGGUUAGUGUUCUUCAAGCCUGUGCAGCUCUGGGUGCUUUGGAGCAAGGGAAGUUGAUUCAUGGCUAUAUACUUAGAAGGGGCCUUGAUUCAAUUUUGCCAGUGGUAAAUGCUCUUAUUACAAUGUACGGAAGUUGUGGUAAGCGUAAUUUGGGGCAAAGAGUUUUUGAUCGCAUGGAGGAGAGGGAUGUUAUUUCGUGGAACUCAUUGAUUUCAGCUUAUGGACUUCAUGGAUUUGGGGAGGAGUCGAUUCAAAUUUUCCAAGAAAUGAUCUGCAACGGAGUCUCGCCAAGUCCCAUAUCGUUUGUUAGUGUUUUGGGAGCCUGCAGCCAUUCAGGUCUUGUUGAGGAAGGGAAGAUGUUGUUUGAUUCAAUGCAUAAAGAGCAUAGGAUAUAUCCUAGCACUGAGCAUUAUGCUUGUAUGGUAGAUCUCCUUGGUCGUGCAAACAGGUUAGAGGAGGCAGCUAACAUCAUAGAGGACAUGAGGAUUGAACCAAAUGGUAAAGUUUGGGGUUCACUCCUUGGCUCGUGUAGGAUUCAUUGUAAUGUUGAGCUAGCAGAGAGAGCUAGCAGUAAGCUAUUUGAGCUUGAACCAAGAAAUGCUGGAAAUUACAUACUUCUAGCUGAUAUUUAUGCAGAAGCUGAGAUGUGGGAUGAGGUGAAGAAAGUAAGGAAACUGUUGGAGACUCGGGAAUUGCAAAAGGUCCCUGGUAGAAGUUGGAUUGAAGUUGAAAGGAAAAUGUACUCUUUUGUUUCGGUUGAUGAGUUCGAUCCACAUAUUCAAGAGAUACAUGCAUUUCUGAUUAAAUUGUCCGCAGAAAUGAAGGGAAAAGGCUAUGUACCUCAAACUAAGGUUGUGCUUUAUGAUCUCGACGAAUCAGAGAAGGAAAGGAUUGUGUUGGGUCAUAGUGAAAAACUAGCUGUAGCAUACGGUCUCCUAAACACCAGUAAGGGGGAAACCAUUCGGAUCACCAAGAACCUGAGGUUAUGUGAAGACUGUCAUUCAUUUACCAAGUUCAUUUCUAACUUCGCGAAUAAAGAGAUUCUGGUUCGAGAUGUUAAUCGGUUUCACCAUUUUAAAAAUGGGGUAUGCUCAUGUGGAGAUUACUGGUGAUAUUAAUCAGAAAUGAUCUGUAUUGGAGAUGGCGUUGAGUGUUGACAUUUGUAUACCAACAUCUGGGUUUAAUCGAACAAUGGCAUUUGCUUUGUGUUUCUGCAUUACAAAUGAAUAUGUACUUCAGAG